CAAGCCUGUGCGCAAAUUUAAAUAAGAGAAGAAUUUGCCAUGCUGUCACAGUUACUCCAGGAUACUACACAGUGCGGAUCUCUUCUUCAAACUGUAAACAUGGAUCUGAAAGUGAUCGUAGCAUUCGCUUUGAUAGCGGUCGCCCUUCAUGCCACCGUUUCAGAUGCCAAGCCCAUCAGCCUGGUAGAGAGAUGCUGGUGCCGUUCCACAGUCAACACAGUCCCACAGAGAAGGAUUCGUGAGCUGAAAUUCCUGCACACUCCCAACUGCCCGUUCCAAGUCAUUGCCAAACUGAAGAAUAACAAGGAGGUGUGCAUUAACAAAGAGACCAAGUGGCUACAACAGUACCUAAUGAACGCCCUAAACAAAAUGAAAAAAGCCUAACAACAGAGCUAAGAAUCUGGCAGGUGACAAGGGAAUCUGACAGCCCACCAUCACAGAUAUGUACCAUAUAGUCCUCUGGCAUGCUUGCUGACCCAGCACUUAACCUGCCAAAUAUGCUCCCCCAGUAAAGACUCAGCAAAAGACCACCAGACCACUAUCGCCACCCAUGUAGUCUCCUCUGUUUGCGCCAAGUGCAAUUAUAUAUGUAUGACUGUGUUUUUAUAAGUAUGAUAUGUAUAUACAAUGCUUUUUUUUAUAUCGUCUUAAAACCAGUAAAGAGAUAUUUUUGGAGUUGUGUUUGCUCCUUGUUUGUCUCAUUAUGUUGGGGUAGGUAGAGCUGCAUGAGAUAAUUAGGUUUUUUUGGAGCAAACAUCGAAAACUCAGAAAUCUCACUGUAGGUUAACCUUAGAUAAAAUGGGAAAACUCACAUGCCUGAAGUGUUUUAUUUUUUUUUUGUAUUUUCUUUUUUUGUUGUUGACAAAAAUGAAGGGCAUUGAUCUCCAAAUAUUUCAAGAUGUAUUUUACUAGCUUAUAUUUUAGAUAUACACUACCAGUCAAAAGUUUUGAAACACUUGCUCAUUCUUUAUUAUAAUAUUAGAAUAAUGGCAAAGUCAUCAAAACUAUGGAAUAACAUAAAUGGAACUAUAGGAAUUAUGUUGUGACUGAACAAAAUCCAAAAUAAAUAAAAGAUUUGUUAUAUUUUAGCAUCUUCCAAGUAGCCACCCUUUGCCUAGAAUUUGCAGACUCUUGUUCUCUUGACAUUUUCUCAACCAACUUCUUGAGGUAUCACCCUGGGAUGCUUUUUAAACAGUAUUGAAGGAGUUCCCAUGUAUGUUGGGCACUUAUUGACUGCUUAUCUUUAUUAUUUGGUCCAACUCAUCAAUUUCAAAAACAUUUUUGUUAAUACAAUUUUAGUUUUGGCACUAAAGAUGGUGGCACAAUUAUAUUUUUGUCUGCAAAACAAAUUUCAAAUAUUUUAGCAUAUGCCUUCAGAUCAAAAGAUUUUUAAGAUCAUGAGAAACAUUUCAGUCAAGUGUUUCAAACCUUUUGACUGGUAGUGUAUGUACCAGCGUAUAUUGAAUGUAAAAGUUAUAUGACAUCACCCAAACAGUUUUUGGAUGCUUUGGGGGAAGUAAUUGGUUUUACUGGAAGACAUUCGUGGGGCAAUAGAGAGUGGAAUGCAUUUUGCUAUGUUCUGUAGGCAACAGAACAUCUGGGCUUGUAAACAUUAAUUGACCAAUCAGUGUGUGCAUAAAUAACUCGGCAUCACAACACAAAACAAUGAGCAUUCAACUGAAUUAUGUAAUAAACGGAAUAAACAGAGACAGUUGUGCUCUUACACAACUGAGUAAUAUGCAACAUUAACCUGGGCAAAAAUUUAGGUUACAGAAUUUAUAGCCGAGUCCUAUAAAUACUAAUUAGCUAAUCCAUUCAUUCAGUAAUAAAAGCUAAAUUUAAAAGCAUCAAGCAUGACAAUAUUUAGAAAAAAUAUUCAAAGGUAGAACUUGGGACAGAACUUACUGACUUUAUGACUACCUAUAUAUAACAAUGCACUUUAUAACCAUUUGUGAUCAUUUACGGAAAAAAAGAACAGAUUCUGAAUGACGUCCGCUAGUUCCUAAUUUUUUCUGUGUUUAGAAGUAGUUAUGACUGUAUUGUCAAAUUUAUUAAACAUUUACAUCUUAAGCAUGACAUUUUUUUUAUUUGGAGUGGCUUUUUUGACAACUAUUAUAUAUUAACUACAGUCAGAUUAUUCAUAAACAAUCAAAUAAAAAACACAAUAAUAAAUAAAAAAUUAUCUAUCACAUGGAAUUUUUACAGAGAUUUGACUUUGAAUAUAAAGGCACAACAACCUAUAUUGGCAAAGACCUCUCAAAACCACCAAAACGGGAAAAAAACCAUAGUAAGGCUCAGAUUUCUAAACUGUUUUGUCUAGUAAUUCACCCAAUGUUCCGCCAGAGCCAACAUUUAACAAAGCAUGUCAAUGCCAUGUACAUCUCCAGGAAAUUAGCAUAUGGAAUUUGUUUGUUACACUACUGCCAAUUUCAUCCCAUAGACCAAUUUAAUGUUGAGCCAUUAAAAGUACCAGGCCUCAUUUAAAAAACACAGCCAUCGUGAACACAAUAUAUGCUUGCUCUAUGCUACAACUGGAGUCUCUGUGUACUGGAUGAGAGUUUAGGGCCCCUCCAAGUCUGUCAGUAAAGUUGGGUUCAUAGUCACAAAAAUCUGAUAAAUUAAAUCUCUAAAAAAUGUCUGCAGACAUCAGGUCUUGGCACAGCUCAUUACCCCAUUCAUCAUGCACUUUUCUGAAAGGAGCCAUUUCAGAAUGUGGUUAAAAGUCAUAUUCAAUUAAUGAACUGUCUCACUGGCUAGAUUGAUAAAACUGUCAAUAACAAAACAAACACAUAACAGGGAAAAUUCCUAUCUUCCCAGUGUGGUCACAAACAUUUGGCAAAAGUGAGGUUUUUUUAGUUAUUCUGUCAAAAUACCAGUAUUUUUCGAAACUGUAUCAAAGGUGACUAUUGUCCUGCACACAUUUUUCCCACUUAAUGUGAAAAGUAUUACUUUUGCAUAUGGCAUCUUAAUACAGAAUAAAGCACAUCUGUCCUUUCUUUUCUGAAUCUGUACAUUGGUUGGAUUAAGACCCUAAAAUGUUUAUUUUUAAAUAAAUCAUUAUGAUGAAUUCUGUUUGAAAGCUGUAUGACAUUUUCUAAAUUGAUACUAGUAUAAUACUAAAUAAUUCUGAUGGCACUCUUUGGAUUUGAAUGAGAAGAUACACAACUUUCACCUCUUCAAAAAUUUAUUGCAGAAUAACCAGAAAAUAUUUGCCUAGUACAUUUUAUAAGCUGUCAUACCCAAUUUUCCUUAAAAAUGGGGAAAAAUAAACCUUGGAAAUCCAAACCGUACCCUUACUUUUGAAAUAUAAUCUCUUACACAGCAUGGGAAAUUCAGUCAUAUUACAGCAUUAUAUGGGUGUCAAAAUCAAAUUCACAAGGUGGAAGGAAUAAAUUAUUAAUCUUUCCACUCAUGAAAUCUGGUGUUGAAUAGUUGUAAAACAUGCACACUCUGAUAUUGCAUAAAAAGUAUUAAAUCAGGCUUGAAGUUCGAGCCAAUGAUACAAAACAAAACAAAUUUAACAGAGGUAAGUGAUAACAACAUGGAAUUGAUUAAAAUGAGAAUAUCUGUCAUAUGUCUAAGAUGCGUGAUAAAUGAAUAUGAUAAUAAAUGUUUUAACCAUUUACUGAA